UUUGAAGGAAGCAACUAACAGAAAUAUUGACUUUCCUCGUAUGAAAUUAUCAUAUACUGAAGAACUUUUUAUGAAAGAAACGUGUUUAUUUCUACAUUCUUUAUUUUGACUGACAUUCGCGCCACAUCAUUAGGGGGCGCUGACAUGGCUGUAAUAAACACUGACGCCAUCACUACAACGAGAAGCAGCGCAAUUCGCGCCAUUUUUGUAAUGCUCUAAAAAAGAGCAGAGUUGAGCUUCAGCUUGUUUACCUACUGAAAAUGGAUGAGGACGAGGCACAAAAACAGAGGCUUAAAGCUGCUGUGCACUACACUGUCAGUCGUCUCUGUCAAGACAUCGCCGCAGACUGCGAGAAACAGAUCACUAAACAGACAAUAGCAGCUAUCGCAGAGACUGCUUUCAGACAGUGCGAUAUAUUUGCCAAGGACUUGGAAGCGUUUGCGAGGCAUGCUAAACGACACACAGUUACAGUGGAUGAUGUGAAGCUGACAGCGAGGAGGACCACUGCACUGUACAACUACAUUCAGCAGAAAAGUGAAGAACUGGCUUUGAACAACCAGGAACUGAAAGAGAAGAGGAAGAAGAAUGCUGCCAAGAGGAAGAGUAAAGACAUGGAAGCUGAGGAGGAGAAUGAGCUUGAAGGCUGAAUGAAAUAAAUGUACAAAUCUGCAUUAUAGAAAUUUGAGUUUUAGAAAGUACUUGGUUUUUGCAUGCGGUAAUAAAAUAGCUGUGCAUAUAUUUGUAAAUUAAUCACAUUCAAUACUAAACACCAAUAAUGGUUUUUACUCAAACAUGGGUUCAUUUGUGUUUUAUUGUAAUAAACAAUUGUGUAAACAUC